CUGACUGUACAUGCUCUUAGACAACAUGACUAGUCGACCCGGGGUCCACAUGUGCUGCGAUGUCAAGUCCAACAUAUACACUGCGGCAGUCGGCAUAUCAGUCGGUCCAAGUCAAGCAAAGCGGCUGGGCGGCAUCUUAUCACAAGUCGAGCCAGGCCAUACACGGACGCAUAUAUACUUACCACCACAUCUCCUUGCGUUGCAAACACGUAGAUCUCCCCUGAAAGCUCUGAACCGUGAAGCAUAUCAAGAGGGGAACACAGCAAACAAAACAGGAGGCAUGAGGAGGAACACUCUCCUUGCCCUGGCGUCCUGGCUCAUGCUGCUUCUGCUUGCGCUCUUCAUCACAACCACCACUGCUUCACUGCCGUGCCAGUGCUGCUGGAUCGUGGAGCAUCCGACGAGGACCUGCGGCCACGCCUGCUGCGGCGACAACUGCUGCCCGCCCGCUCCACCGCCGUCGGCACGCUGAAAAAGGAUGCCCAGGCUUGUUCAUCGGAAGUAAAAAUAAAAAUAAAAAUAAUCCAGAGGGAAUGAUGUUGUACUCAUACUUACCUGCUCUUCUGUGAGCAUGUAAUGGUCUCUAUAACUUUCCAGCAAUAAACAUCCCUUGGCUCCUUCA